GAACCUUCAUCCAGCCAUUUAGCCAGCUGUCCUCAACAUGGCGUUCAAGCGUCCGAGAUAUGCCGAUACCAGAGGUAACAACGAGCAAGUUAUCUGAUUUCUGUCAGCGAUAAGCAACGGCUGAGCAGCGUCGCGACCACGUUCCGCAAUCACCGUGGUCAAACGCCACGCAUGUCGCAUAUUCCCUUGCAUCGCAAGUAACAACAGGCUGUGCAGGUAUUCCCCCUUUAUAUCGUAGUACGUUUAUCAGCUCCUCUUCUGAUCAUCUCUGCUGUGAGCCGUGUGAGCCCAACCUAACCCCCCAGGAGAGAGCAAUGGCCGAGGAACUGCUCAUCGUGGACACGGACGUGGGCGUGGACGACGCUCUGGCACUGCUGCUGGCGCUGUCCGACCCGUCCCGCUGCAAGGUGCUGGCCAUCACGUGCGUGGCGGGCAACGUGGAGCUACCCAGGGUGUACACCAACACCCUGCGCAUCCUCAACUACUGCAAGCAGCUGCAGAUCCCGGUGUACCAGGGCUGUGGGCGCCCCCUGGUGCAGAAGGCGACAGCCUGCCACCUGUACCACGGCCAGGACGGCCUGGGGGGCGUGGCAGAGCAGCUUCCCCUGCCGGACGACGACCUGGAGCCGCCGAUGGAGCACGCCUCGACCGCCAUGGUGGAGCUGGUGCGUGCCAGGCCCGGAGUGAUCACCCUGGUGGCGCUGGGGCCCCUCACCAACGUGGCGCUGGCGCAGCGGCUGGACCCCAGCUUCCUGGGCAACCUCCGGCGGCUGGUCGUCAUGGGGGGCACCUUCGACGCCCGGGGCAACGAGACGCCCACGGGGGAGUUCAACUUCACCUGGGACCCCGAGGCGGCCAGCGUGGUGCUGGGCGAGGCUGAGUGCGAGACCAAGCUGCUCACCCACGAGCCUUGCCUGGAGCACGCCAUGGACUGGGACUGGUUUGACCAAUGGGUGGGCGGGAACUCCCCCAAGGCGCAGCUGGUGAAGGCGGUGACGGAGCACCCGUCGCAGCGCCAGCGCCAGCUGCUGCACCGGGAGGGCUUCUCGUGCUGCGACCUGCUGGCCAUGGCGGCAGUGCUGCAGCCGUCGCUGGUGACGCGCUGCGAGGCCUUCCCGGCCUGGCUGGAGCUGCACGGGGCCACCACCAGGGGCAUGCUGGUGGUGGAUCGGCGGCCCAGCCUCAAGUGGCACCACGGCCACCCUCCGCACGUCCAGUUCCUGCUCGGCUUCGACGUGGACGGCCUUAAAAAGCUCUACGAGCAUAUGCUCCGCUGAGCGCACCCGUCCGAGGAGAGAAAUGGGAGUCUUCAGAAAGGAGCGAGGUUUUCGGGACCCGGGAUGCCACAGAACCCCACCCCCCGAGUCAGCCCCAAGGUUGCCACUUUGCUCCUGGUGAUUUUUCCCAUGACGCGCCAAGUAUUUCAUACAGGGUGAAAUAAUGUCCAAGCAGCUACUAAUCUGCAUGUUUCCCUUUUUCUUUACAUCAUUGUUGUCUGUUAAUGAAUUAAAUAAUUUUGACCAUUGUUGCAGUCAACGGCUUGCUUCUGGCGGACGCCUUCUUUAGCUUUUUGAGACAUGCUCUGAGGUGGAUGGUGCAUGGAUGCUAAUAUUUACUACAAUCAACUACCACAUGGGAAUGUUGUGGUCAUCCUUUGGUAGCUCCAGCACUAGCAUGCUGCUUGGAUGUUUGUCCAGUGCAGCUUGCUCAUUCAGUGCAUGAGCACAUACGAGCACUGUAUGAAGCAGCAUACUAAUUAACUGAAUGUGUAACUGCCUAAAAGACCCAUGCCUGGUCAUUAGAAAGAGGGAAUUUUAGAAUAGCAUGCGCAAAGGCUUUUUGUACGCAAAGAAUGGCGUCAUCGCCAUCGCACAUGCGCCGAACACUUAACGCAUUUUGCGCUUUGCGUGCACUACUUUGGGAAAUUGCGUGCGUACGCAAAGAGUCUUUGCAUGCCUCCAAGGAGAAUUCAUGAUGCGCAAGGAGUUGGCUAAAGCCAAGACGAGCACAGUUAGAAAACGGCGGCUCCCAGGACCGUGGCGGCUGCUUUGCCAGUGGUUGCGAGCGUCAUGUCAACGGCAUCCUCGCGACUGCGAUUUUGAACACAGAACGACAUUGCACUUCUGCGGGAGCUGCAUGUCGCAAACAGUUUUGGAAGACCCAGCAAGGUGGGCAAACGAUCGCUGGCAACUUGGCGCUUGCGACGCACAAACAUUUCUCGGCGGCGUCGGCAAAGCUCAGUACACGAGACGUCUCUUGCAGAGGCGACGUGAAUGGACACGACUGGUUGACCAUUCCCUUCACAUUAUCAUAUUUAAACAAAUCUAAAAUGUUUCUCCGGACCAAACAAUUUGUAUUUUUGCAAGUUACAGCAUUUCGUGUGCGAAAUAAAAAUUGUUACUGUGGCGUUGCGAGCACAAGGGGCUCGAGUUUUUGCAUCAUGGCGGAGAAACGCUAUUUUAAAACUCCCUCGCGUAGCGCGUAAAAUUGCAUGUUAUUCUAAAACUCCCUGAUGUGUCAACGUUCCAAGCUGUUUAAUAUGGAUCGAAAUAACUGCCUGCACUGGACGGCAUGGCUAACGCAACAUUGUCAAUUUUUCGCAUUGUCUUGACAGGGUAUUCGUGAACACUAAACUUUACAGCCUAAGUCGGUGCCCAGGGACCCUCGCAUUCCGCCAUAAAACUCGUUCUGACGACGUGCCUUUUUGCGAGAAAGAAAAAAUUAGAAAAUCUCGACAGAUGGUUUGUGCUAACAGUUUCUCGCUCCGUCUUAUACUAACAAAUUCAUUACCACAGUAUCCGGAGAGAUGCCCCAUCCCCGAAAGAUAACCCACUUUCAUGUCUGGCAUGAUUUGUUACGUUUUUCAAAAACGCCGGAAGAGCCCACUUUUAGUAAUUGCAGGGCCAAUGGUUACCUCGGCACAGACGGCGUUACCUACUUAGCUAUGGCGGGGAAUAAGCAAACAUUGCCGACUGGGACGGACAGUCGUCGUCUUUGGUUCAUCGCCUCUCCCUGCGAUUGUACGUUUUAGCGGGUCACAUAACUAACACUAUAAUUUCUUUUCAACUCUUUUUUUUAUUGCACACUGAAAGUUAGCUUACUCCUCAUUUUCACCGGAUUUGCUUUCGAUUUUAGGUGGGCUACCUCGGGAUAGUGCGGUAGUUGCAAAACAUUGGAUGUUACAGACCAAUGUUACUGCCACGCACCCUGGCAUUUACUAUCGUGGAAUGUAGACUCGAUUGAAGUGCAGUGUACAAUCGCACGUCAGAAUACAUCUUUGGUUUGUAAUAAAAGUUUUUUGGAAAAUA